AAGGAGCAAACAUGACUGACAUGGACAUUGAAAGCAAUACACCACCACCGAAUGCACAUGAAUCAACAGAAAAUGGCAAUCACAGUCAAGAGUUUUCCGUUGAGCUUCCUCCUUCUGAAGCGCAGAAAGCCGGGGUGAACUCAGCUUCGACGCCUGCUGCUCCUUCAGCAUCUACGGUGCAUGCUGAGACUCUGGUAGCAAUGCCUGUGCUCCAGCAACAUGGCGAGGUGUUUGUUGGCCCGGGAUCGAAGCGCGAAGCGCAAUUGCUAGGUUUAGGCCUGACAAAGUUGAGUUCUAGAAGGAAAGACGACCUGCAGUUGGCCAAACGCUAUGCAAUGGAUGUUUCCAUUAAACAGAUUAUGCUGCGACAACAGAAGGCUCAUCACGAAAACCAACAAAAGCAGGCUAUGUAUGCACAGGCGCUAUCUCUCAUGGCACGAGUGUACAUCGGAUCGAUCUCUUUUGAAGUAAGGGAAGAAAUGAUCAAAAAGGCCUUCGAAGUGUAUGGUCCUAUCAAGAGCAUCAACAUGAGCUGGGAUCCGACCACAGGCCAUCACAAAGGAUUUGCGUUUUUGGAGUUUGAUGUGCCAGAAGCGGCCCUUCUUGCGCAGGAAUCUAUGAAUGGACAACUAAUGGGUGGACGAAAUCUGAAGGUUGGUCGUCCAUCCAAUAUGCCACAAGCACAGCCCAUCAUUGAAAUGGUGCAACAGGAUGCAAAGAAAUAUCACAGAGUUUACGUGUCUUCAGUACACCCCGACCUGUCCGAAAGCGAUCUGAAGAGCGUGUUCGAGGCUUUUGGAGAAGUAGUGAAGUGUCAACUGGCCCGGCAAAGUGCUACAGGCAAAGGCAGUCAUCGUGGCUUUGGAUAUAUCGAAUUCAAUAAUGCUGCAGCAAUGAACGAGGCUAUAGCUGGAAUGAAUAUGUUUGACCUUGGUGGACAAUUUCUCAGAGUCGGCCGAUGCAUAACCCCUCCAGAAGCGCUUACGUAUCUUUCUCCCCAAACGCAGGCUGCAUUGCCCACUGCAGCUGCACAGGCUGCUGCUGCAGUGACAGCAAAAGUGAUGGCUGCUGAGGCGUCUGGUGCUGUGAAACAUCAAGGAUCCGGUUUAAAUUCUCCAAGAGCAAUGAGUCCGGCACCAGCCACUCCACCGUUGCUCCCUCCCCCUGGUAUCGCGUGCCCAUCGCCACCGACAGUGGUUGCUCCAACUGUGGCGCAACCUAAGCUGAUGGUGCCACCUCCUCCUGUGGCUAUAGCGACCCCUCAUUUGUACAAUCCUCCACCAGUUGUGCAAGGGCCACCUGUUUCAUACCCAACCGUAGACUAUGGAGUUCCACCACCUCCGGUUAAUGGUUAUCCAACUAUGGCGCCCUCAAUUGUUCCUCCUGUACCUCCUCCUCCAACGACUCAGCGCGGUUUCGGUGGUUUUGCUACACCAGGUGUUCCAACGCCUGUAGCUCCACCACCAAGUCAAUUUGCUGCUAUGCCUCCACCACCACCACCUGCAGCUCGUCCGCAGCCUGCUGCACCGAAAGGAGAACGAACUUUCGAAGAAAAGAUGGAAAGGAUUUUGGAAAGAACAAAAGCAAAACAAGAAGCGAAGUUGGCGAUGCCAGUAACCUUUGGUGCAACUGAUCCACUUUGGGCACCUAAGGAUCCAUCUGCAGAGGAUGACCGCUCUGACGAUCCUUUGGCCCUCACGGCGAAAGCAAAUCAGGAUGUGCAAAGUAUGGCAUUGGCACUAAUUGGAGACAAUACGUUGGCACUGAAAGGACAGAAGAAUGCCGGUCAGGGAGAUUCAGCAGAACCGCAGAAAAAGAAGAAACGAGUUGUCGAGGCAAAGAAGAUCCAACCAAAGCUCAAUACUGCACAAGCGCUGGCUGCUGCUGCGAAAGCAGGAGAGCUUCAUGAUGCUGUUAUCAACGAGCAGAUGAAUAGUGAGGAUGCGACGUUGGCUUCUCAGGAGGGUCUUGCUAUACGCGGAAACGAUGCCAGGCAUCUUCUAAUGGCUAAAUUGAUGCGAACCAAUAGGUCAACGGUGCUUGUGUUGCGCAACAUGGUUAACCCCGAGGAUAUCGACGAGUACCUCGAGGAAGAAAUCAAAGACGAAUGCUCUAAGUAUGGCGAAGUUCAAGAGGUUGUGAUAGCGAAUGAUCAGAAUGCAGGUGUUGUGAAAAUCUUCGUUAGGUUUGGGGAUCCCAAGCAGGUCGACACUGCGCGUGCUGCUCUCGAUAAACGGUUUUUCGGAGGAAACACAGUUUCAGCGGAAAUUUACGAUCAAGCGAUGUUCGAUCACAACGAUCUCAGUGGAUGAAAGUUCUUUAUUUUGUUGUUGUUGAUUUGAGUUGAUGUUGUUGUAUGGAUUUGUUAUUCGCUGGUGUUUCUAUAUAUGUACAUCGACAGUUCUGCUGAUUGUACAAAAUGCGAAAGUGUUGCGAUGUAACAUGUCGUUUUCUAAAACGAGGACUUGUUUCGGUUUCGUGGUCUUAGUAAUAUCCUGUAAAUUGUGCUGAACAUAGUGAUUUUCGGGAUUGCUGUACUUAUUAGCGUUUUCAUAAAUAUUUAUGAUCCUAUG